AUGGCUCCGUCUUCCGAGAUUCCUCCUCCCUAUGAGCUACCUCCAAAGCCCAGCGGGCUGAAGGUGGACAAGCCCAACUUCAUCAUCUUCAUGCCAGACCAGCUCCGCUACGACUCACUGGGCUGUAACGGUAACAAGAUCGUCAAGACGCCGCACAUUGACAGCUUCGCCGCGGAGGGCACCCGCUUCACCAACUGCUUCGUCCAGGCGUCCGUCUGCACGCAGUCCCGCUGCAGCAUGUUCACCGGCAACUACCCCCACGUCUCGGGCCACCGCUCCCUCGAGAACCUCAUCAAGCCCUGGGAGCCGAACCUUUUCCGCUCCCUCAAGGAAAAGGGCGGGUACCACGUCGCCUGCCUCGCGCCCCGCGGCGACACCUUCGCGCCGACGGUGACGGAGAUGUCCCUGGACGAGUACGGCUUCCUCGAGACCCCCGAGUUCGUGCCGCGCUUCGCGGGCGGCGGCAGGGCGGAGCCAGAGGAGAAGGAGGACAUUUGGAAGAGGCUCUUUUACAAGGGGCUGAGGAACCCGAACGAGGCUCUGGAUUAUGACGAUGCGGUCGUCAAGGGGGCGUUGAAGUGGCUGGAGCACCCGCCGACGGACAAGCCGUGGGUUCUCUUCAUGCCGCUCAUCUUCCCGCACUGCCCGUUCCAGGUGGAGGAGCCGUACUUUUCAAUGUACAACCGUGGGGAGAUGGGACAGCCGACCAAGCCCUCGGACAAGACGGGCUACGAGCCGCGAUACAUGCAGCUGAACCGCGAACGCUACGGCACUCACCGCGCCACCCCUGAAAUCUGGGCCGAGGUGAUGGCGACCUACUACGGCAUGAUCUCCCGCCUGGACGACCAGUUCGGGCGCGUGGUCGAGCGCACCAAGGCCCUCGGCCACUGGGACUCCACCGUGACGCUCUUCUUCACGGACCACGGCGAGUACCUCGGCGACCACGGCAUGAUCGAGAAGUGGCCCUCGGGCCUCUCCGACUCGCUCACGCACGAGCCGCUCAUCGUCGGCGGCGCGGGGCUGCCGGCCGGCGCGGUCUACGACGAGAUGGCGGAGAUGGUUGACCUGGUCCCGACAGUGUUCCAGUUUGCCGGCAUCGGGGAGCACUUCCCGCACUGCGGCACGUCGCUGGCGGACAUCCUGACGUCGGCGGGCAGGGACGGCAACGGGGACGUGAUCAGGCACAAGGAGUUCGCCUUCACCGAGGGCGGCUUCCUGACGAGCGAGGAGCCGCUGCUGGAGCAGGCGCCGUAUCCGUACGACAUCAAGGCGGCGCUGCAGCACGAGGACACGACCGUCGUGGGCAAGAGCGUGUCGUGCCGCGACAAGCGGUGGACGUUCAUUUACAGGCUGUACGAGCCGGCGGAGCUGUACGACCGCGCGGGCGAUACCGGCGAGCUUCAUAACCUUGCCGAGGUCGCCGAGUACCAGGACGUGAGACGGCGGAUGGAGAGCGUGGUUCUGAGGUGGAUGGUAGCUAGUAGCGACUUCUUGCCGUGGCAAAAGGACCCGCGGUUCCCUGCUGUAGAGAUGCAGAGCGUUGCAGACCAGUUCAGAAAGAGAGGCGGGGUGCUGGAGGAGAAGCCGAAGAACUGA